AUGUCUUUCGAGCAGGAUUUAGAGAGCAUUGCUGGUGGAAAAGUUUAUCGUCGUCGUGAUUUAAGGAACGGACUAGCGGACCGUUUGGGAAUUCCAGAUAGAGACAGAGAGCCUCGUGGUGGAAGAUACGGUGGAGUGAACGCAGGUAGAGGCAGAGGCAGAGGCGGGUUCCGCAGCAAACGGGAAUUUAACGACAGAAGGGUGAAACUCACUUUACUAAGAAUCAAAAACAUACCAUUAGAGACGAGUGAUUAUGAGAUUGAAGAUAUGCUAAAUGAAAUAGGGGAAGUGGCUUCUUUCAGGAUUAACGAUAAGAAAGAUAGUAGGGUGGCCAGUGUAGAAUUCAAAGAUCCGCAAGUAUUGGCAGUUGCUCUUGAAACUGUAAAUAACAAGGAGGUGAACGGCUCCCAGCUUGAAUGUGAAACAUUUGAGAUUCGUGUUAAGGCAGGGACGAAAGGUGCAGCUCCUAGUUCUGUGCCAGCUCAACCUGCGACCCAUACUAGACCACCUAAACCUGAACCAAAGACUAGAGAGGAAUUGGACCAAGAAAUGGACGAGUAUAUGUCACAGCCAUGA